AUGGCCGACGGCAGUAACAGCAACCUGAAAAUCGUCUUUGGGGCUAUGACUCUCGGGAAGCCAAAUACGCUUGGAGCACGCGUGCAUUCCUUACAGGAUGCUGAUCAAAUGAUAACCAAGUUUCAAGAUCACGGCCAUAGCGAAAUUGAUACCGCCCGUCUCUAUGGCGGUGGAUCGUCCGAAGGAAUGCUGGCAGAUCUCGACUGGCAGGGAAGAAAGCUUGUCAUGGGAACAAAGUUGUAUCCAAACUACCUUUCCCCGUUAACCCAGGCUGCGGAGAAAUAUUCCCUCCGGCCUGACGACAUUCGACGAGGUGUCAUGAACAGCCUUAAGGCCCUCAAGACAGACAAGUUCGAUCUCUUCUAUCUCCACGGCCCGGAUAGGAAGACUCCUCUUGAAGAAACGUUGAGAGAGGUAAAUGCAUUACACAAAGACGGAUAUUUCAGCCGCUUUGGAGUCAGCAAUUUCAUGUCGUGGGAGGUCGCAAAAAUCUGCGAGAUUUGCGACAACCACGGCUGGAUCAAGCCAACUGUGUAUCAAGGGAUCUAUAGUGCGUUGCAUAGAAGCAUUGAGGUUGAGCUCAUUCCGUGCUUGCGUCACUAUGGAAUUGCUUUGUAUGCAUUCCAGCCGCUUGCUGGCGGGUUUCUGACCGGAAGAUAUCGUCGUGACCAGGAGGAUUUUGAGGCCGGCUCACGAUUCGAUGCGAAAGGGCGUUCUGGAACGUUGCACCGUCAGAGAUACUGGAACGACGUGUAUUUUGAUGCACUCGAUAUCAUUCGUGCAGCUGCAGACAAACAUGGUCUCACAGUUGCAGAAGUAGCUUUUAGGUGGCUGAAACAUCACUCACAGCUGCAGAGUGCCCUUGAUGACGCUAUCAUCAUUGGCGCAAGCAAUCUCAAUCAGUUGGAGGGGAACUUGGUCGACCUUGAAAAGGGGCCUCUACCCGAAGAUGUUGUCGGAGCCAUGGAAAGUGCAUGGUCAACCGUAAAGGGAGUUUCUCCCAAAUACUUCCAUUAG